GACGGGAAUACCCACUGUAUCCUCUUCUCCGACGAGCCGGAGCGACUUCGCUCUGGCAGAGCCGCGCAGAUCUGCCCCAAGCACAGCAUCUUCGAGGAGCCGAUGCGGGACGAUCUGGCUCUUGCCGUCUUGGCUGUGUGCUGCUCGGGGAUCGUCAUCAGCUUUUCUACAUUCAGCUGGUGGGCUGCGGUCCUUGGUGAUUACAAGGUGGUAGUGGCACCUGCGACAACGGAACAAAGCUGUUCGCCCACUGCCCCGGCCGAGAACAACACAUUGGCCUACGUUCCUGGCUGGCUCCGCGCUGACGUUCCGUGCGAUGCGGAGAGACUUGGUAGGCAGAGAGACGGCAGGAUCACAACUUCUGUUUUGAAAUGGGCUUCUGUGGCCUUGUUCGCCACUGCCUGGCGCUCCGGCAGGCGACCCGAAAUACAGCUGAGAAGAGCGGUGGUCCAGGAGGUGGCAUUGGAUUUUCUCCCCGGCACGGACCUUCCUUCCACUGCCCCGGCUCCGUUGGACAACGAAGGUGCUGCAGACAGGGUUCGACGCAUGGUUGCUGCCGACCCAAGCAACAAGGAAUUGGAGACAGAGAGGCAGGAGCCACCCUUCUCUGACGAGGACUUGCGUGAGGCCUGGCACGAACUCCAGCUCGGUCAUGCAGACGAGGCCCGAUCCCGCUUCGUGAGGGCAGUACUGGCAGAUCCAAGCGACUCAGAAGCUCUGUUCUGCAUGGGCUUGCUUUAUGAGGCCUUACACGACUUGCGUCGAACCGCGGAGUGGAUGGACAUGGCGAUAGAAGUGUGCCCUGACCACGUCUUUGCCUGGGAGACGCGAUCACGGUGCAUGGAGCAUCUGGGUCGUCUUGCUGAGUCCCUGGCGGGAUAUGAGCAACUGGAGAUGUUGGACGAAAGCGCCACAGGGCGCCGGGAAGGCUUGCUCGGGCAUCAGCGUGUGUACAUCCUUCCCGUGGGAGCCUGGGAGGAUGGGGCGGCAGGAUACAUCCAAAAAGCGGCAAAGAAGAUGCCGCCUCGACCGCAGUGGCAGGAGAACUUCCUGUUUCCGGAGCCCCUGCCAGCCCUCCGGCAGCCUGCGCUGGAAUCCGGGAUAAUGGCCUGGGACAAUGUCUUGAGCAAGGGUUUGCUGCAAAGGCUCCAAGAUUGCGUGGAGGACCAUUUCCAGUUCAUCUUCACGAACCGGUGGGUGUAUGCGGCCGACGAUGCGUUUGAGGGCGCAGCUUCGACCAUGUGGCUUCCGAGUUCUGGAGAUGCCAGAAGUGUGCCAGAAGUGGCUGCACUGACAAUACUCCGACACAUUCUGAAUCAGGACCCGGCAGAAAUUGCAGGUGUCGAGUAUUGGGCUCGGGUUCGAUCUGUGAACCUUGGUGCAGGCUUUCACUAUGAUGAGGCCGUGGAUGCAGACGACAUUAAUUCAGAGUGGGUUCACGGGAACCCAUGGCGACCUCAGUGGUCAAGUGUGUUCUACCUCACCGAUGAAGGAGGUCCAACUGUGGUGUUGGACCAGCUCCAUGAUCAUGACGGACGGCUGGCACCCACGUUGCCCCGGAAGGGCUACCUCUGCAUGCCCCGUACAAACCGCUUGGUUCUGUUUCGUGCAGAUCUUCAUCAUGGUAGCCUCCCCCUGGAUAUUUGGCUGGAUAGCGAGCAGACGAGGAGGGUCUUUGUCUUCAACUUUUGGCGUCGGCAUGCGCCCGAGCCACCCCAUUGCCAGCGGCUGAAUUUACAGCAUCACCCCGCCAUGCGGCGGCAUGUCCUCACGUCAGACGAGGCCGCGGCUCUCCAGGCUGUCGAGAGUAGUCGCUUCGAAGAUGGCCAUGAUGGUCCCAGCCCGGUACGACAGAAGGUCCUUUCCCGACCCGAGGAGCUGCCCCACAGCUCGGACUUCGGAUAUCUUCCACGGCCCCUGCCCAUGCCCACCAUGGCGGCGCUCACGGCGGAGAGGCUCUUCUACGAAGUGGACUGGCCGGCUGCCGCACAACGCCUCCCUCCUGAUUACGGUGACGUGGCUUGUUUGGGCUCUGUGAGCUGCCGAUUGCUCCGGCGCGCGGCGACAAGCCGCGUGGUGCCCCAGCCGUGGAUGGAGGCCCUCUGGGGUGGUGAGGCGGAGCUCAUCUCUGACUCGAGGCUAGCAGAAGCUGCACUUGCUCGUGCCGCGGGACAAGUGGUCCCUCACUUCGCAGCGGAAGUUGCUACCACCUUCAAUGAGACCGCACCCUCCGCACCACCAGUCCCUUCGCGGGCGCCGUUGCCAGAGAGGCAUGUCCGGCAAGAGCACAGCUUCGGCCCGGAGGUGCGUGGAGACUGGCAGGUGCUGGACUCUGCCAGUGCUCCGCAGAAGACAGUGGCCACUGUGAGCAUGAUCGACUGCUUGUGGGAGAAGGUCACGAAGGUCAGUGAUGACGUGGACUCCCUGCAGGAGCAGGUCCAGGGCCACAGUACGGAGAUCAAUGCCUGGAUCCCCAACCAUGAGGUCGCCAGGCGAUCAGAGCUAGAGGAGCUGUCCAAGGUCUGUGCAUCGCUGCGUUCAGACUGUGCCACGAGGCGGCAGCUGGAGGAUCAGGCCACCGAGCUCCAAGGUGCCUGGCGCACGCCUAUGGCUAGUCUCUCAGAGCGCCUGGGUGCCCUGGAGGCCGCGGUGAAGGAGAUUCCGACGCGGUUGAGCCGUGAGUCAGAUGCUGCCAAGUAUGCCUUGGAUGGUUUGGAGCAGAGGCUAGAACAGCGCAUCCAGACGGUGGUGUCCGAUCGCAUCAGAACCGCCGCCAGCGAGGCGGAGGUUCUGCGCGAUGCGGCACUGGAGCGGCUCAGAGCUGCUCUGCGUCAGCAGCUUCAGGAGGAGGCAGAGCGCCAGGAGCAGAACACCAGUCAGCUCAAGCAGCGCUUCACCGACCGUCUCGAUGACGUCGCUGCUGGACUCCGCCGGCUUGAGGUUUCCCUCCAGUCGGAGACGGCAGAUCGCUUGGACUCUGCUCAGAAGGAGCUGAGCCACCUGGCAGCCGAGCAGAUGCGGCUCGCCCGGGCCGUGGAUGAGAACCGGAAGCUGGUUGAUGCCUGCUCCGAGGACAACCGACGAUCCCUCGAGAGCGAGAGCCGCCGCGUGACAGAGGUCGAGGCUCGCAGCUUGAGCAGCAGCUCGGAAAUCCAGCGCUUGGGCCAGAGGCUGGAGUUGCAGAGCCAGGAGUUCCUGAGCAGGUCCAAGGAGAUCUCCCAGCACGUCGACGAGCAGAUGCAGCAGGCCACACAGCGCCUGCAGGACUUCGGCCAAGAGUUGAAGCAGCAGGCUUGCGACGCUGCCUCGAGCACAAAGACGGAGCUGCUGGCUCGGCUGAAGGACGUCCAGGAGGGUGAGGACGGGCAACGUCGCAGCCUGGAAGAGCGGUCCAACGCGCUGCUGGAUCGAGGCCUUCAGAAGUUGGCGCAGGAAGUGGCCGAGCGCAUGGAUGAGGGACAGGAAAAUCAGAGACUUGCCUCUGCCGCCACAGAGGGACGCCUGCUGGGGCAGCUCGAGAGCUACAACGGCCGCCUGCUGGCCGCUGAGAGCUGGCGAAGCGCCUUCCAGGAGCGAGAGGCUGCACGUGAACAGCGCCUGAGCUCGCUGGGUGAGGCCAUGCGCAAGAUGGAGGCUGUUUGCAAGGAUGUUCCAGCACUGGAGUCCCGCAUUGACGAGGCUCGUGCCGCCAUCAAGGAGGACCGUAUUUUGGAGUGUAGACUUGGCAGCCAGUGCCAUGAACGCCUUCCAAGGCGAGAUGCGCCUCUGGGCAAAGAUGGCUCAACUGGGAGCUGCUCCUGCCUGCCCCGUGCUGCCAAGCCAGGCUCCCAGCGCCUGACCCUGGGGAGCUCCGCGCAGGAGCUUCCAGUCGACGUUGCUGGGGCCAGAGACGCUGCUCCUGUAGGCAGCGCUUCCAUUCCCGUUUCCAUCGGCUCCCGGGGGUUGCUCCACGUGAUGGCCAGCAUCUCCGAACUAUCCCCGGCGAUGUCCUGUGCGCAGUUGCAUGCUAAAGUCGGCGGUGUUCCGCUCCUGCGGCAGAGGUUCUUCUUGGCACCUCGAGCUCCCAGCGGCCCUUUCUCUCUCGCUUCGGACACCAUGGGCCGCGUCGUUCAGAGCCUGCUGCUCCUGGCCGCAGCAUGCAAUUUGCUGGCCGAUGAGAAUCCAGCAGAGGAGGGAAACCUCAGCCACGUGCUGGUGUCAAACUCCACCGCAGCUGACGGCCUUAAGCGGAAGAGCAAAUACAUCGCUGCUGCAUUGAAGAACACAUCGAAGGAGAUGAUGGUCAACAGCAGCCAAGAUCGUUCUGCCCGGUCGUCUUCCGUCAUCCGCGUCAUCAACAAAUGCUACAAGGAGCCCAUUUGGAUUGCGCACUGCUGCAGCUACAACUACAAGCAGAAUGUGAAGAUUGAUGGAGGCGCUUCACACGACUUUCCGGCCUAUGCUGGGCUUCGAGGCUUUCGGCUCUGGCCCAAGAUGAGGUGCAACUCUGAUGGCAAUGGCUGCUACAUUGGUCAGAGUGGUGGCAAGGGCCAGCCAUGUGGCACUGAUGGCAACUGGCGCUGCCAACAGCAUGUGGACACCAAGUUCGAGGCAACUUUUGGAAGCCGUAGCGACUACUACGACAUGAGCAUGGUGGAUGGGUAUACGCUGCCAUUCCAGCUGAGGCUCCAGGGCUGCUCCAUUCCAGGAUUGGGCCGCUACUUGGAUUGCUCGGAUCUGACCCUCAACGCCUGCCCAGCCGCAAACAAGGAGUACUACAACGGAAAGCUGAUGGGCUGCCACGCACGUGGCCGCCCUGGGCAUGGCACGA